GAAGUCGUCAGGAUUCGUUUCCCGUCGCUUCAUCUUCUUGACCUGAAACACAACAGACCCAUGCUAUUAUAAUGGUUGCACCCUUUUAAAAACGAUUUAUUUUGUUCCGCACUUCAGCAUCAUGUGUCAUAAAUGAAUUCCUGGUCUAAAACUUGUGUGUAAUCUUAAGAAAAAUGGAUAUUUCCACACCGCCUGAAGAUCAAGAACUGCGUAAUGUCAUUGACAAACUGGCCCAGUUUGUCGCCCGAAAUGGCCCCGAGUUUGAGAAGAUGACCAUGGAGAAGCAGAAGGAUAACCCCAAGUUCUCGUUUCUGUUCGGAGGAGAAUAUUUCGGCUACUACAAAUACAAACUGGCCAUCGAACAGCAGCAGCAUUCUGGCACUCAUGAUGAUGAAUAUAAAAUGGAAGAGCUCUGUAAACCUCCAGGUAGUGAGGUCGCUGAUGUUUCUGCGCCGAUGACGAUGCUCCCGCCGCCGAUCCCGCCAACCACGCCGUCUGUGGAGGAGCUCAUCCAGCAGAGCCAGUGGAACCUCCAACAGCAGGAGCAACACCUGCUCAGCCUCAGACAGGAGCAGGUGACGGCCGCCAUCUCUCUGGCGAUGGAGCAGCAGAUGCAGAAGCUGCUGGUGGAGACGCAGCUGGACAUGAACGAGUUCGACAACCUGCUGCAGCCCAUCAUAGACACCUGCACCAAAGACGCCAUAUCGGCUGGAAAGAACUGGAUGUUCAGUAACGCUAAAACCCCAUCGCACUGCGAGCUGAUGACAUCGCAUCUCAGAAACCGCAUCACUGCGGACGAGGCGCAUUUCGAGCUGCGCCUGCAUCUCAUCUAUCUGACCAACGACGUGCUGCAUCACUGUCAGAGGAAGAACCAGAAGGAUCUUUUGGCGGCUCUACAGAAAGUCGUGGUUCCUAUUUACUGCACCAGCUUCCUGUCUGUAGAGGAAGACAAGCAGCAGAAAAUCACCCGCCUGCUGCUGCUCUGGGAGAAGAACAGCUACUUUGACGACGUCACCAUCCAGCAGCUGCAGAGUCCGGCUCUGGGUCUGGGACAGUAUCAGGCGUCGCUCAUCACGGAGUACGCGCCGGUGGUGCAGCCCGUCCAGAUGGCCUUCCAGCAGCAGAUCCAAGCGCUGAAGACACAGCACGAGGAGUUUAUCACUAAUCUGAAGCAGCAGCAGACGGUGGCUGUAGCAGCAGCCGCGGCCGCCGUCGGUCAACUCACGCCAGCAGACGCCGACGUCAAGACACAACCACCCUUGACCUCUCAGCCUGGAGAUCUGAAGCCUCCAGGCGCCGGUCCUCCACCCGGCGAUUACGAAGGCCCUCAGAACCGACCAUCAGACUCGAACCCUGCAGCGACGUCCGACAUUCCCUCCUCUAAACCCGGCUGGUUCGAUCCGCAGCACAACAUGCCAGCGUGGAACCCGCAACAACCCCCACCAUUCGACCCAGUUCAAGCCCCGCCCCCCUGUCCUCCCUGGAACAGCCACGAGGGCAUGUGGAACGAGCAGCGGGACCCCAACUGGAGCGGCCCUCGGGACGGGGGCCCCUCAGGCCCCUGGAGCAGCCAGAAUGAGCCUCCGCCCUCCUGGAGCGGCCAGUUCGAGCAGCCGCCGUGGAGCGGUCAGCCGGACCAGCCGCCGCCGUGGGGCCAGAGGGAGCCGCCCUUCCGCAUGCAGCGUCCUCCGCAUUUUCGCGGUCCCUUCCCCCCACACCAGCAGCCGCCACCGUUCAACCAGCCGCCGCCGCACAACUUCGGACGCUUCCCGCCGCGCUUCAUGCAGGACGAGUUUCCUCCGCGGCAUCACUUUGAGCGGCCGCCGUUUCCACCGCACCGAUUCGACUACCCACAGGGAGACUUCCCUGGAGAGAUCGGUCCUCCUCCUCAUCACCACUCCAACCAGAGGAUUCCCCCUCCAGGGAUUGCCGAUCCUCCUCCGUGGGGCGGGAACCAGCAUCCUGAUUUCGGACCGCCUCCUCACGGGUUUAACGGACAGGCGCCCCACAUGCGGCGCCAGACCCCGGCUCACGUCAGUCAGGACGACCCCAGCCUGGUUCCCAACGUGCCCUACUUCGACCUUCCCGCAGGACUCAUGGCGCCGCUAGUGAAGCUUGAAGAUCACGAUUAUAAGCCUCUGGACCCUAAAGACAUCCGUCUGCCGCCUCCAAUGCCUCCCAGUGAGCGUCUGCUGGCCGCAGUGGAGGCGUUUUACAGCCCGCCGUCCCACGACAGACCCAGAAACAGUGAGGGUUGGGAACAGAAUGGUCUGUACGAGUUCUUCCGGGCCAAAAUGAGAGCGAGGCGGAAAAAGGAACAAGACAAACGCAACAGCACCCGAGGGAGUCCCUCCCGGAGUCGGUCGCACAGCCGAGGACGAUCGACGUCACGCUCCAGCUCCAGAUCUUCCAAAUCCUCUCGCUCCAGAUCGCGAUCCAGAUCGCGCUCUCGUUCUCGCUCCUACUCCAGAUCUCACUCUAGGAGCAGGAGUCGCUCCAGAUCCAGGUCCCAAAGUCGCUCCCGCUCCAGAUCUCGCUCCAGGUCACGAUCUCCAGACAAGCGCCGCCAGGCUGCAAAAUCUAAAUCACGCAGUCCGACGCCACCCUCCACAUCUGGUUUGGGUUCAGGUCCUGCUGCGUUACCCGUCGACCUCAGGCUGGGUGAAGAAAACAAAGGCCAUCAGAUGCUCAUGAAGAUGGGCUGGAGUGGAGCAGGAGGUCUUGGAGCUAAAGAACAGGGCAUUCAAGACCCCAUUAAAGGAGGAGACAUCCGGGACAGGUGGGACCAGUAUAAAGGAGUAGGAGUCCAACUGGACGACCCGUAUGUGAACUACAGGCGAAACAAAAGCUACAAUUUUGUCGCAAGGAUGAAAGCACGAGAAAAAGUGACCAGAGACCCCCAGGAGCCCUCCAGCACAGAGUGAUCAACCGUCACAUGUGAUGUUUUUUUUUAUUUUUGUUUUUUACUGUAGUUGUCAUAGUUUUUUUCCACAUUCGUUUGGACGUUUUAUUUUGCUCUCUAGUUCCUUUCUGUAGUAAAAUGCAUCAGUGCAUCAUAUUGUAACUCACAGAAAGUGUCCGUGUCAUUGUAAGUAUUGGUUUAGAUGAAUCUGAGACUCUGUACAAGCAAAAUAAAGAUGUUUUAAAAAGGG